AUGGGCUGCUUCGGUGUAAUCCUACUUCUGGCAGCAGUGCUACAGGCUGUAGUUCUUCUGCUCUCUCCAUUUUAUAAGGCUAAGUCGCCCUUUUCGUGGUAUUAUACCCGUAUAUUCAAGCCGCUGCUGCAAGAUGACCAGCGGUACCAAUGGAAGUUCUACCUAGUGCCGUGUUUCUACAUGUCCCUGUAUGGUUACAUCGUCUAUGUGCUGAUUCAACAGGUGUUGCCUGCAGUUCAAGGUCGCCUCUGGCUGAUUGAAAAGGUCGCUGUUAUUCCGAUUCUGCUGCUUAUUACACCGGUUUUGGGAUUCCUGAGCAUGAUCGUAACACCAGAAACCACUAGAAGCCACCUGCCAGGCUUUCCGGACCAGUACGAGCCCGACGGCAUCAUUUAUUACCCCGGCAUCACUUGCCGCACAUGCCAUCUCAGGAAACCCGCCCGCUCUAAGCAUUGCAACAUAUGCCAAGCCUGCGUCCUCGUGGCAGAUCAUCACUGCAUAUGGGUUAACAACUGCAUCGGCAAGGGAAACUACGUCUACUUCUUUUCGUUUCUGCUUGCCAACGUGGCAUCGCUUUCCUACGGGUUUCUGAGGGUCCUACAAAUCUCAGUCACCGGUUCUGAGCGGUAUACUCGAAGCACUGUGAUAUUCAUGAUUCUGUGCGGUACCUUUGCCGUCAUAUGCGGCGUGUUCACCGCAUUGCAACUGCAGCUGGUCAGCGACGGCAUGACAACCAACGAGAGAGAUAAGUGGUACACCAUCCAGCAAAUUAUGAGAGAGGGCUCGCUGGUCAGGACGCCGCAAGGCGAAUGGUUUAUCAGAGCCGCUCACAAUCCGGCCGAGUUUUUCAGCACGAAUGCCUACGACGACAAGGCGUAUGCCCUCAAGAACUACAAGCUCAUUCGAGACCCAUCGCAGAUACCCAACAUCUACGAUUACGGAUCCCUGUGGCAGAAUCUCAAGCGGCUCUGCACGUGA